UAUAUAUAUAUAUCUGUGUGUGUGUAAAUACAAACCAACCUGUUAGUAGUCUGAAUCCAAGAAGAAGCAUGUUACUGCAGCCCGGUCACCUAAGCUGUCAUGGCUUCCUUUUCAUCCUCUUAUUUUCUUCCCUUAUGUCUACAAUCCAUGCAUGCUAUCUAACCGAACGCAGCUCUCUCAUGUCCUUUUCUCUCACUCUGCAGUCUUCCGCUCCUUUAAAUUGGACUUCAGUUAAUUGCUGUCAUUGGGAAGGCAUCACCUGCGAUCACUAUGGUUGGAUCACCCGUUUGAGCUUACCGGCAAAAGGCCUCGAAGGAGGUAUGUUUCCCUCAUCACUCGGAAAUCUGACACAUCUCACCCACCUUGAUUUCUCUCACAAUUCACUUUAUGGUUCACUUGAAACCGGAUUCUUCUUGUCCUUGAAUCGUCUUGAGAUUCUUGAUUUGAGCUAUAACCAUCUCUAUGGAGAACUACCAUUUUCUCUACCAUCUAGCAAUAUCCGGAUGCUGGAUUUGUCCUGCAAUCGCUUCCAUGGCGAAAUUUCAUCUUCAUUCUUCAAAGACGCUUGGAAUUUGACUAGUUUCAAUAUCAGCAACAAUAUUUUAACAGGGUCAAUCCCAUCCGCUAUUUGUCCUCAUUCUUCUCCCUUCAUUAGAGUCUUGGAUUUUUCCUUCAAUAGAUUCAGUGGCAACAUUCCUCUUGGACUAGGGAAGUGUUCCAAACUGCAGAUUUUUCGUGCUGGUAACAACAAUCUCUCAGGGCUACUUCCAAGUGACAUAUAUAAUGCUACAACACUUCAAGAAAUCUCAUUUCCCAGGAACCAAUUGUUUGGAGUCAUAAGUGAGGAAAUUGGCAACCUCACCAACCUUCAACUUCUCGACCUCAACACAAACGGAUUGAGUGGCACACUUCCUGUUAACAUCGGUAAGCUCUCCAAAUUGCAGCUUGUGUACCUUCAUUUCAACAAUCUAGACAGUUAUCUUCCCCCAUCCUUGACAAACUGCUCAAAGCUUAUCGAAUUAAAUCUGGGAUUCAACAACUUUGAAGGAGAUAUCUCCCUGCUUAAUUUCUCCAAACUUAGUCAGCUUAGCAAACUUGACAUUGUGAGUAAUCACUUCACUGGUAUGGUGCCAGUAAGCCUUUACUCGUGCAAGUCCCUGAAAGCACUUCGACUGAGCUUAAACGAUCUAGAGGGGCAGAUACAACCUGAGAUUCUUUUGCUAAAAUCUCUGUCCUUUCUCUCCCUUGGUGGAAAUAAAUUGACCAAUAUCACGGGGGCAAUCAAGAUAUUGAUGGGUUGUAAAAGUCUCACUGUUCUCCUCAUUCGAUAUAGCUUUCUACACGAGGAAAUGCCUUCUUAUGAUGGCAUGUUUGGUUUCUAUGGAUUCCAAAAUCUUCGAAUUUUGGGUAUGAGUUACUGUGAGAUCACCGGUAAGAUACCUAUUUGGUUAUCGAAGCUCAAGAAGCUAGAGGUCUUGUAUCUGCCUUUCAAUAGAAUGACCGGCCUAAUUCCUAGUUGGUUGGGGACCCUGCCAAGGCUCUUUUAUAUAAACAUAGACUCCAACCGAAUUUCAGGCGAAUUUCCAAAGGAACUUUGCAGGCUGCCGAUGUUGGUAUCUGAAACUGAAUCUCGAACAGACCACAAUUAUCUUGAACUCCCCAUAUUCAUCAUUGAUGCUACUAAUUCUUUGCAUCAAAACUAUUUUUCGAAGAACUUGCCUCGAGCACUAUUCUUACAGAACAAUUGUUUAACUGGAAAAAUACCUAUUGACAUUGGCCAACUGCAGCUUCUCCACGCGUUGGAUCUUAGCUCUAACAACUUCUCCGGUAACAUUCCAGACACAAUAUCUAACCUCAAAAACUUGGAGACGGUGGAUCUCUCCAUGAAUCAUCUGUCAGGAGAAAUCCCAGCGUCAUUGGCAAUUCUUAAUUUCUUGUCACUUUUGAAUGUAUCAUACAAUCGUCUAGAGGGACCAAUACCAACAAGCACCCAGCUCCAAAGCUUCAAUCCGUCUGCCUUCGAGGGGAAUUUGAAACUUUGUGGCGCACCACUUCCAAAUGAGUGCCAACCAGUUGAUGGCAUUACUACGGAUGAUGAGAACAACCAGGAUUUGGACGACGAUGAGGAUCAAAGUCUAUGGUUUGGGUUAUCCGUCGUGCUUGGUUUCUUUGUGGGGUUAUUGGGAUUCUGUUGCCCUUUGCUUCUCAAGAGGACGUGGAGAUACCCAUAUUUCCAACUCCUAGACAAUGUUCAAUUCAUGCUCUAUGUGAAGCCGUCUAGAGGACCAAUACCAACAAGCACUCAGCUCUCAAGCUUCAAUUCACCUGCCUUCAAGGGGAAUUUGAAACUUCGUGGUGUGCCACUUCCAAAUGAGUACCAACCAGUUGAUGGUGAAGGUGCAGAUAAGAACAGCCAAGAUUCAGACAAUGGGAAUCCAAUUCCAUGGUUUCAUUUCUUUUUCUCACUUGGGUUCAGGACAGGAUUUUUUGGACCGGAGAAUGGCAUAUAUGUGCGCGGACAGUGGAAAUUUAAUGGCGAUUGCUUAUCAAGUCAUCCAGCAGAAGCAGCAGCAACAACGCCACCAUCACCACCAGCCGCCGCUCGGUGCUUUCUCCCUCACUCCAUGACCCAACAACAACCACCACACUCCGCCGGGUUUAGGUUUUCGGAUUUAGGCUACAGUAGCCCUGCCGAGUUCGACUCGGACGAGUGGAUGGAUAGCAUAAAAGGUGGUGGGGAUUCAACAGAUAGUUCCAACCUGCCUUCUACUUGCGACACGUGGCAGGGGAGCAAUUUUGAUUUUGGUAUCUAUGGCGCCAAUCCGUUUCGACCCCACUGCCCGAGUUGA